AUGUCUCGUACGACAAGCAUGGGUGGGCAAGCAGUAGGGGUGAGUGGGAAUACUUGUGAGGCGCCUCAAAAGGGGUUGGAUGGGAGUGCGAUGACUCUUAAGAUGUCUCGUACGACAAGCAUGGGUGGGCAAGCAGUAGGGGUGAGUGGGACUACUUGUGAGGCGCCUCAAAAGGGGUUGGAUGGGAGUGCGAUGACUCUUAAGAUGUCUCGUACGACAAGCAUGGGUGGGCAAGCAGUAGGGGUGAGUGGGACUACUUGUGAGGCGCCUCAAAAGGGGUUGGAUGGGAGUGCGAUGACUCUUAAGAUGUCUCGUACGACAAGCAUGUCUGGGCAAGCGGUAGGGGUGAGGGGGACUGGGAGGGGCGUAGGAGUUGGGAUGAGCUUGGGACUGGAGAUACCCACAAGUUAUUAUGAUGUUGGUGUUGUGAAGGGAGUGACGGGAGGUAGUUGUGGUGACAAUGAGGAGUCUUCUAGCGAGGAUGAAAGGGGUGAGGAGGAAGGGAGUGAAAUGGAGUUGGUGAGUCCAGAUUCGAACUGGUUCAGUGCGUGGAGAGAGAAAGGAAGAGAGAAAGGAAGAGAGAAAGGAAGAGAGAAAGGAAGAGAGGAGGGACGAGAGGGGGAAGUUCAGAAGCUGCGGGGUAGAAAAGGAGUGGAAGAAAAGGGCAAAGGGGAGGGCAAAGAGGAGGAGGAUGAUGAGGAUGAGGAGGAUGAUGGGGAUGGGGAUGGGGAUGAGGAUGAGGAGGAGGAUGAGGAUGAGGAGGAUGAUGAGGAUGAGGAGGAUGAUGGGGAUGGGGAUGGGGAUGAGGAUGAGGAGGAGGAUGAGGAUGAGGAGGAGGAGGAGGAAGAUGAUGAUGGUGGGUAUGAGUUGACUCCAAUUGCCACGCCUGUAGCAACCACUGUGGCCCUUUCCCGCUCUCCUGUGCUUACUCCGAGGAAGAACAAAGAGGAGGAGGAAGAGGAGGAGGAAGAGGAGGAGGAGGAUGAGGAAGAGGAGGAUGAGGAUGAGGAAGAGGAGGAGGAGGAUGAGGAAGAGGAGGAGGAGGAUGAGGAAGAGGAGGAGGAGGAAUCUACUGUUAUCACUAGUCCUGUGGCGCUGUUCCCCUCCGGCUACCCUAUCUCCCUCUUCUCAGAGGGGCCGGAGAAGGGUGUACCGUUUGCCAUCCGAAAGGGAAAAACUGGGGUGUCAGGGGAUUCUGCUGCUGUUUCAGGUGGUUUUUCACAUGGUGGGGUUUCAGCAGGUGAAUCUUCAGGUGGGGGGGCCAGUGGUAGGCCCAGGCACAGGCAGUGCAAAUCGUUUUCCGGCUUUGACUUUGGUUUGAUUGCACCUGGACAGACGGUUCUUGAGGAUCGGCCGAAAGAGUCCAGGUUCAAUGUAUCUGGGCAGGAAGCGGGAGGGAAGACUGGUGGUGGGGAGAAUUCGGGACGAAACAGGAAAGUACAGCAAAAGGGGGCAGUACAGCAGAAAGGGGUGGGACGAGAAGAGGGAGCGUGGGCGAGGCAAGCACGGCUUUCCAUUCCAAAGGCAAACACUGGGGGUUCUGUGGCUGCUGCUGCUGCUCCUGCCGCCGCCGCCGCCGCCGCCGCCGCUGCUGCUGCUGCUGCUGCUGCUGCUGCCGCUGCUGCUGCUGCUCGGGCUUCAGGUGGUGGGAGUUCAGCAGGCGGGGGGGGCGCUGGUAGCCUCAGGCACAGGAAGUGCCAGUCGUUUUCCAACUUUGACUUUGGCUUGAUUGCACCUGGACAGACGCUUCUUGAGGCACAGCCACAAGAGUCCAGGUUCGGUGUAUCUGGACAGAGGAUGCCUGAGGCGCAACCGAAAGAGCCCAGGUUCAAUGCACCUGGACAGGAAGAGAGGAGGAGGACGGGUGGGGGGGCAAAGGAUGGACAGGAGGGGGCAGUACGGCAAGAGAGCGCGGGACGAGACGUGGGAGCGUGGGUCCAAGAGGCGUCUAUUUUUGAGUCGACUCAAAACUCGACUCAUCACACAAAGGGUGGGCAGGAGGGGGCAGUACAGCAAAAGGGCGCGGGACGAGAUGUGGGAGCGUGGGUCCAACAAGCACGGCUUGCCAUCCCAAGGGGAAACACUGGGGUUUUAGUAGCCAAUCAUACUGCUCAUACUGCUCAUACUGCUGCUGCUGCUGCUGCUGCUGCUGCUGCUGCUGCUGCUGCUGCUGCUGCUGCUGCUGCUGCUGCUGCUGCUGCUGCUGCUGCUGCUGCUGCUGCUGCUGCUGUUGGUGGUGGUGGUAGGGUUUCAGGUGAUGAAAAUUCAGCAGGUGAAAAUUCAGGUGGGAGGGGCACAGGUAGGUUUGGACCUGGACACAGGCAAUGCCUGUCGUUUUCUGGCUUUGAGUUUGACUUGGGUCAGUGGGAUAUGGGGACGGGAACAAAUCGCAAGUCUAAGGACUUGGGUCAGUGGGAUAUGGGGGACGGGAGGGAGGGAGGGAGAGGAGGGGAUAUAGCGAGCAGGGGGCGUGGAGGGGAAGGCUUGAGUGUGUGGGAUAUAGAGGACGGGAGGGAGGGAGGGAGAGGAGGGAGAGGAGAAAGAGGAAUGGGGAUAGUAAGUAGAGUGGAGAGCUUGUGUGAGUGGGAUGUAGGGGACGGGAGGGAGGUAGGGAGAGGAGGGGGGAUAGAGAGCACGGGGCGUAGAGAGGAGGGGUUGAGUGUGUGGGAGAGGAGGAAUGGGGGGGAGAGAGGGCAGGAAAGUGGAGGAGGAGAGGAGGGAGGGGGUUUGUCACCUAGAGGGGCUUUGUCACCUAGAGGGGCUUUGUCACCUAGAGGGGCUUUGUCACCUAGAGUAGUGUCGCUCGCGGUUAGGGUGAAAGGAAGAGGAGGAGAGAGAGAGGCGGAUGGAGGAGGGAGGAGGGGAGGGAGAGGAGGGGAGACGGAUGGGAAAGGGAGAGGGCAAGAAGGGAGGGGAAGGAAAGGAGGAGAGGGUAAUGGAGAGAAGGCACCGACAGAAGAGGUGAGUCCAGUGGCAGCAACGGACGGAGGCAGCAGCAGCAGAGGCACGGGCGUGGGUGGGAGGAGAAGAGGUGUGAGCAUGGAUAUGGGCGCUGUUUGGAAUGUGGAUAUGGUUUGGGGUAAGGAUAUGAGCGAGAGUGUGAGUAAGAGUGUGAGCGAGAGUGUGAGUAAGAGUGUGAGUAAGAGUGUGAGUAAGAGUGUGAGUAAGAGUGUGAGCAAGAGUGCAGGCAAGAGUGCGGGCAAGAGUGCGGGCAAGGGUAUGGGGGAAAGAGCAGGAGGGGAAAUGGCAGGAGGGGGAACAGCAGGAGGGGAAAUGGCAGGAGGUGGGGCAGCAGGAGGAGACACAGGGGUACCCAAGUCCCCAAGAGGCGUGGGCAGGAGAGACAUCAAGCCUUGGACCGACCCCAGUCAAGACGUUCUGAUCACAAUCUUCAAAUCUCCAAGCAUCUCAGCCCCUAGCCCUAGAGGAGGAGGGGGGGGGGCAGGGGAGGCAGCAAGAGGAGGAGGGGCAGCAGGGGAAGCGGCAAGAGGAGGGGGGGCAGCAGGAGGAGACACAGAGGUUCCCAAGUCACCAAGAGGCGUGGGCAGGAGGGACAACGUGGCUUGGACCGACCCCAGUCUAGGCAUUCUCAACACAAGCUUCACCUCCUCGAAUCCAAGCAUCUCAGCCCCCAGCCCUAGAGGAGGAGGGGGGCCAGCAGGAGGAGACACAGGGGUGCCCAAGUCACCUCGAGGGGUGGGCAGGAGGGACAACGAGGCUUGGACCGCCCUCGCUCACGGCCUUCGCAGCAAAAGCUUCAACUACGGAAAAACAGGCAUUGCAAUUUCAGCAGGAGGGGAAGGAGGAGGGGGGGGAAGGGGAGGAGGAGGGGAAGGAGGAGGGGGGGGAAGGGGAGGAGGAGGGGAAGGAGAAGGGGGGGAAACAGGGCCCCCCAAGUCCCCACGAAGGGGGGAGAGGAGGGACAUCGUACCCUUAACCUCCCCCACUCACGGCCUUCGCAUCAAAAGCUUCAACUACGGAAAAACAAAAAUUGUAAUUUCAGCAGGAGGGGAAGGAGGAGGGGAAGGAGGAGGGGGGGGAAGGGGAGGAGGAGGGGAAGGAGGAGGGGGGGGAAGGGGAGGAGGAGGGGAAGGAGGAGGGGGGGGAAGGGGAGGAGGAGGGGAAGGAGGAGGGGGGGAAACAGGGCCCCCCAAGUCCCCACGAAGGGGGGAGAGGAGGGACGUCGUACCCUUAACCUCCCCCACUCACGGCCUUCGCAGCAAAAGCUUCAACUACGGAAAAACAAAAAUUGCAAUUUCAGCAGGAGGGGAAGGAGGAGGGGAAGGAGGAGGGGGGGGAGGAGGGGGAGGAGGGGGGGAAACAGGGGCCCCCAAGUCGCCUAGAGGGGGGGGGAGGAGGGACAUUGUAACUUGGACUCCCCCCACUCAAGGCCCCCCCACUCAAGGCCCCCCCACUCAAGGCCUCCUCAGUAAAAGCUACAGCGCCACAAGUCCCAGCAUCAAAGCCAGUAAUGAGACGUAUCAAAGCUUCAACUCCGCGAGUCCAAGCAUCACAGCCAUGACGGUAGUGGGAGGAGGGGGAACCUUUAGCAUAGCAGCAGCAGAGGGAGCAGCAGGGGCAGCGGUAAAGGGAGCAGCAGGGGGAGCAGCAGGGGGAGCAGCAGGGGGAGUAGCAAGGGGAGGGGGCGCAGCAGGAGGGGACACAUCGGUCCCCAAGUCUCCUCGAGGGGUGUCAAUUCUCCUCAGUAAAAGCUACAGCACCGCAAGUCCAAGCAUCAAAGCCAUGAAGGUAGUGGGAGGAGGGGGAACCUUUAGCAGAGUAGCAGCAGAGGGAGCAGCAGGGGGAGCAGUAAAGGGAGCAGCAGGGGGGGCAGCAGGGGAAGGAGCAAGGGAAGGGGGGGCAGCAGGAGGGGACACAGGAGUCCCCAAGUCUCCUCGAGGGGUGUCAAUUCUCCUCAGUAAAAGCUACAGCACCGCAAGUCCAAGCAUCAAAGCCAUGAAGGUAGCGGGAGGAGGGGGGACCUUUAGCAGAGUAGCAGCAGAGGGAGCAGCAGGGGGAGCAGUAAAGGGAGCAGCAGGGGGGGCAGCAGGGGAAGGAUCAAGGGAAGGGGGGGCAGCAGGAGGGGACACAGGGGUCCCCAAGUCUCCUCGAGGGGUGCCUAUGAGGAUAGGCGGACAGAGAGAGGCUGCAGCAUGGGCAGUGGCUCAAGCUCAAGAUCCUGCUUGUGCCUCUGCAGCAGGAGAGGACACAGGACAGCAGCAGCAGCAGCAACAGCUGGGGGAGCAGGUACAGCGGAGAAUAGGCGGAGUGAGAAGGGGGGCGAGAAUGGCCCGGCCGAACCUGGAGAGCGUGCAGGCGUCGUGGGUGCAUGAGGACCCUGAGGAUGAUCCUGAGUAUGCCGGCUGGGGUGCCACUCCCAAAGGAGGGAAGGCAGCAACAGGAGGCUUCUGA